AUGGCCAGAUGGUCUCGAGCCCGAGUUGAUAGGAUUUGUGUGCGAGCGAAAAGGAUGAGGAAAGAGGCUUCCAACAAAUGGAAGCUCUCGCACGAUGCCAAUAGUCCGGAUGCGAAAUGGUUCCUCCAUCACAAAAGAAAGGUAGGAAGAACUUCCGCGGCCCCGCACCAGCCUCGAAGGUGCUGCGAUCUGCGGCAAGGUCAGGCGGUUGCGGCGGCGGGGGCCGGGGCGGCAUGGCGGAAGGCGCGCGCUGGCCGCCCGGGCGCUGUCAGUGCCCGCGCGCGCCGCCAGCUGGGAGGCUCGCUAGCUCGUCGCUCGGAGCUGCCGCCGCCGCCGCCGUCGACGCCGCCCAAGUGCGCACGUGUGCGAAGUGGUGCUUUGGGAUUUGCGCGAGGCGUCGGCGGGGACUACGCUCACUCUCUCAGGCGACCACAACUUGCUGCUGCUGAUGCUUCAAACAUCACGCAAAAAAGCAUUCGCAGUGGGAACCGCCCACCUCCCAAUCACCCGUAA